AUGAAUAGUAAUCGUUUUGCUAACGUUAGCGUGCUUUCACAACAACAGAAUGGACAAAAUAUGACGCAGACAAUGCAACAACAAUCGACAACACCAAUAACUGGUACUACUACAAACUCUACUACAACACAUGGCCAACCUACAUCUGGAACUUUAAAUCCUCCAUCGGUUGGUUCUUUUGGCCAAUUUAGUUCUGGGUUACAAAAUUCACAACAGUUUCAAGGGUUACCUUCUGUAUCAAAUAAUGGAAAUACAUCUCAAAAGGACCCAUCUUGGUUUAACAAUCCAACCAAAAGAGCUAUCCCACAAAAUAUUGUAAAACGUACAAUUAGACCACAAUCAGAUUCUGGAGAAAUUACACAUUCUCAAUCUACUACUGCAUUAUCAAGCAGGUCAGGAUUUGACACUAUGUCAUUUGGAUCAAGAAAAAAUAAACCAAUAUUUAGUAGUUCAAAUCUUCAAUCAUUAAAUACUGAUAACAUUUUAAGCGAUUCUAAUGAAGCUCCUCCAACCGUAUCGAUUCAUGAUUGGCAAAGUGAGGAUCAAUUUGGCAAUGUCAUGGAUUUAGGUGUUAAUGGACAAAAUCAAUUUGAAAAUCAAAGUAUCUUAAUGAGUAACACGGCAACUCCUCGUAAUGAUAAUUCUAAAAAAAUACCGAACUUGUUUAAAAAUUCAAAUGCCUUUGACAGAACACCACAAUCCAAUAUAUUUAAUAAAAAUAAAAUAUCAGAUACUACUGGUAAUGAAGGGUCUAACACCACCACAUCAUCAUCAAUUUUAAGUGAUAAUAAAUCAAAUGGUUCAAAAUUGUUCAAUUUCUUUGGUCCUUCAAAUAAUAAAGGUAAAAGUGGUACACCAGAUCCUUUAUCCCCUACAACUACUGCAUCUACCCAAAGCUUACAGACACAAGCUCAACAAGAAACUGCAAUCAUCGUGUUCGGUUACCCAGAAUCCAUCUCGAACUUAAUCAUAACACAUUUUUCUCAUUUUGGUUCUAUUUUAGAGGAUUUCCAAGUCUUAAGAAGUAUAUCCGGUAUUAAUGUCUCCACUUUGAAGAACAAGAACCAAAAUAGUACAAAUAACAAUGACGAUAGAAAAUAUCCAAUCUUUACAGGUGAAGGCUGGGUAAAAAUUACUUAUGAUUCACGUCAAUCAGCAAUUCGUGCUUUACAAGAAAAUGGAUCGGUAUUUAGCGGAACUCUUAUUGGCUGUGUCCCAUAUAGUAAGAAUGCAGUAGAGAAGCUUGCGUCAUGUAAGAUUGAUAAACUUGAUAAUAUUGGCGAAAAUGAUAUAGCUGUAAGUGGAACAAUCUCACCUUUACAAUCCUUUGGUACUGAGACUAAUGCGUAUGACAUUGAAGACAAAAAUUUUAGACCUUCAUCUUCCAAUGAAAAUAAAUCAACAGAUAAAACUUCACCAAUAAAUAAUGAGAAUAAUCAAAUAAUGCCACAAAAUGUUUUCCUCCCAAAUCACAAACUAACGAUAAAUGAUGGUAAAUCUCUUUUCGUUCAUAAUACAGAUACUAAUAAUCACAAUUUCCUGCAAGAUUUAGAAAACAAGAUGCGUAGACAGGAAACUCCUGUGAAUGCUGGAGACAGAACCCAAAAUAAUGGUGUUCUACAUUCUGUCAAUAACUGGUUAUUUGGUUGGAAUAACCUAUAA